UCUCAUGACCGGCCCUGUGUCCGCGAACCGGCGUCCCCGACCUGAUGUCACCGGAGGAGAGCCGACCUUGUGCGACGGUGGCGACGUCGGGAUCGCUGCUCCGGGGGGCUGGCGGCUCGAGGCCCUACAUUCCCUCCAUGUACACGCCUUCGUCUCGCAACCUGUUCGUCAAGGCGACCGCUUCAUCCCGUACAGAGGGUCGGUGCUGGAGCUGGACAUUGCACGCUACCUUCUGACGGAUCCGAGGAAGGGCAAGAAGAAUAACUCAAUAAGCCUGUUGGGGCAGCUGACCAUGGCCCGCACAGAGAGCAAACCGCCGCAGUCGCCAGUUUUGCAUGACCAGUUGCCUUUUCCAUGGAAUGAGCAGCCCGUGCCCGCCCGGAUUUGGCGCCAUCUCUCCUCUGGAUCAAGCUGCAUGCCACCUCCCACUGGUUGGGAGUCUGGCUGGCCACACGAUGUAGAACUGUAG